UGACGCUGUCAUGGUGUCAUGUCAUUCGUUUGAUUCGUUUCUAUGUUAGAGAUUUUCACAAUUUUAGAACCGCCAAAUUCGUGCACUUAAUCUCCUUGUUAUUGUAAUUUAGUUAAUUUAAUUGCUAAAUUAUAUACGUUGUUAUAUUCGAUGCGUAAGGCGCCAUGGCGAUGUUUAACGAGUUGACGUUCUCAGCGACGAGUAAACCAAAGCCCACUUUGGCCAAGUUGCGGAACAUCCUGAAUACUCCGCGCAUCUGCACAAUUUGCUACGAGUCCGCGGUGCAGCUGCACGACCUGGACAACUGUCCUCUCUUGGAGGGGAGCGAAUAUCUCUGCAACUUAACCCUGCGGCAAAUUCUUCAUGAACUGUUUCAAGAUGCGGGUUCCCAGAUCAUUCUCAGCAAGUAUGUCUGUGACCACUGUCAGGUUAAGCUUGUCUACGCCUUCCAAUUCAUCCGCUCCACACAAACCAGAGCCGAGAACUUCAACUACUACAUCGCUCAGCUCGAAUCCGAAACCGUUGAUCUCCUCAACUGUAUGGAUGACAACCCGGCCUGCGCUAAUGCUGUCAUAGUUUUAGAAGAAACAGAUUCUAGUGAAAAAGACUUAGAACAGCUGGAGAAAUUCAAAUGGCAGAAUAAUCAACCUGUUAAACGAAAAGUACAGUUGAUUGAGCGUCCCUCAAAGAAUUUAGUAACAAAAAACUAUGUUUGUCGGUACUGUGACAAGGAGUUCUGCGAUAAAAAGUUCCUGUUAGCACAUUUAACUACAUGCGGUUUGUGCAAAACCAAAACAGGUUAUCAUGUAGAGAGUGAUCCUUUCAAUAAAAUCUCAUGCCCAAAGUGUAAAAAAAAGUCAUGUGAGCAUGAUAAAUUUAUUAAACACUUUUUAGAACAAAAGAAGGAUAAUGUUUCUAAGAUUAAAUGCUUAGAAUGCCCUUACACCACAGGUACACUACAAACAAUGAUAUCCCAUGUGGAUAAGAAACACAUGGAUGAGUUAGCGGACAACUGUGAAUUGUGUGGAAAAAUAUUCUAUAUGAGAGAACAGUAUUUUAGUCAUUUUGAUACGUUCCACACGGACCACAAGAUCUGCUAUUACUGUAGCUGUGUCAUUCUGAGCGACAACUUGUGUGAACAUGAAGCGGAAUGCACGGUUUCUGAGAAAACAUACAGUUGUAACAAAUGCCCUUCUAAAUUUGAAAGCGAUAUGCAAGCUUCCAUACAUGCUAUGGCACAUGAAGAUGUACCAAAGAAACCUAAAAGAAUUGUUCUGAAGAGAUCUUACUCUUGUCCCCUUUGCAAAGAAACAUUUACUGGUAAACUAAAAUUACAGAAACAUUGUAAUGAUGCCCAUGGGGUUGAAUCUUAUAGAAACAAUCAUUGUCAAUUCUGCAAUAUCAAAUUUUUAACCAAACAGGAAUACUUAUUGCAUAUGCGCGAAAUGCAGCAUUUUGCUGAAAUCAAUCCUAAUCACAGCUAUCGCCACAAAUGCGAGUACUGUGACUACACAGCAAGGCACGGUUUCAUUUUGACGACCCAUAUGAACCGUUAUCAUUUAAAAGUCAUGCCGUACGAGUGUGAUAUUUGCAACAAAAGAUUCUUAGAUAAAAGGAAGCUGAAGGCUCAUAUAGACAGACAUAUGGGGAAGGGGAAAACUGUGUGUUCUAUAUGUGGAGAUACGCUUGGUAGUACAACAGCACUUGUCAAGCAUACAAGAUUGCAUACCGGGGAGCGGCCAUAUCCUUGUCAUCUGUGUGACGUUAGCCUGAAUUCGGCUAGCGAGCGUAAAUUCCAUGUGUUACGGAAACAUACAGAGAAGACACAUCCUUGUCCAAUCUGUGAAACUAUGUUCCAUACACCGUACUUUGUUAGACGGCAUAUUCAGCAAGUGCACUGGAAGAGGAAGGAAAAGUUUGAUUACACGAAGGUGGAUGGGUUGAAGCCUGAACAUUACGAACUGUUUAGAGAUAGAAGGAUGGUUGUUUUAUAACGAGAGAUAAAAAUCGUAUUAUUUCUUAAAUUAAUUUGUUUUAGCUUCCUUUAGGAUUAAUUUCAUUUGUAUUUUUGUGUGGCUGUACUUUGCUAUUCAUAAAUAACGGAAUCAUUUUAUUGUGGGCGAAGAACAUAUGUACAUACAUAAUAGGCUAGUUUCCUACUAGUCAAAUCAGCUUCUUUUUAAGACCUGUCAAAACGCUUUGCUUAUAUGGAAUUACUAUGAAAUACUGAGGAGUGACGUCACGGUCAAUUCAUUUACUUUAUAUCUUUCUCUUUGACUUAUUAA